AUGGCGGAUCUGCCAAGAACUUCUCUCGUUGAGCAGCUCCUACGCUUGCGUGCGGAAGCAUCACAACCCAGCUCUUCUCAAACCCUCUCCUCCCUCCUUUCCUCCCAUGCUGGCCCAUGGCCCACACGUGAGCUGAACCUCGCGUUCCAAGACAUCUACAAAUCCCUCCCCGAAUCCCUGAAAGCCAACAACGAUGAGUCUAUAUCACAACUCCGAGCACAAGUCAAGGCAGCCACACCAGAUAUUGGGGAAUUAGUAGGCACUGACUCUCGUCCUGGAUUCAUCGACGCUACCACUGGUCAAAACUUGACACACAAUGCGCUUCGGCAAUUUGUCCAGAGCUUCCACAUCCCUGUGGGACCCUCCAGUCAUGGAAAGCCUCGAGUUGCAGUCAUCCUACCCAACGGCCCUAUCAUGACCGUUGCGGUUCUUGCUUUCGCUAAUAGAUAUACCAUGGUGCCUAUGGCAUCCAAUACGGUUCCAGAACAGCUUCAGCUGGAUAUGGAUCAAGUGCAAGCUGACGCCGUUGUCGCGCUGGACGCUGACAUUGGUAGGCUACAACUCGACAACGGAGUUCGGCCUGUGUUCGGUAUCGAGCAUCUUCCCGACUUGACUAUUAGACUGGUGUCUGCAAAGAACACUUCCAGUCAAACAAGCUUCCCACCUAACACUGGCAAUGAUAUUGCCAUCAUUCUGUUCACCAGUGGCACCAGUGGUAACAAGAAGUUGGUUCCCAUCACAACUUACAACCUCAUCUCGGGUACUAUGGCCACUAUUGAGUCGGUGGAGCUAGCCGAGAGGGAUACUUGCCUCAACAUGAUGCCUCUGAACCAUGUUGGUGGAAUUAUCCGCAGUAUUCUCUCUCCUAUUCUUGCUGGCGGCGCUACGAUUUGCUGUCCGUCUUUCGAUCCCAGUAUGUUCUGGGAUGCUGUACAGAGCCCUCACAUGACACCAACCUGGUACUAUGCCACUCCCACCAUGCAUCAGAUGAUCCUUGGCGAGGCUGAGCACCGGCCCGAUGCCUUCAAGCAAAGCGCUAUCAAGUUUAUCUGUAACGCUGGUGCCGGUCUUCCUCCCUCGCUGGCGGGACAGCUUCGUGAUACCUUCAACUGCGUUAUUCUGCCCAGUUACGGAAUGACUGAGUGUAUGCCCAUUGCUGCUCCUCCCAAAGACUAUACUCUUGACCGUCAUGGUACCUCAGGACGGAUUGUCGGUCCCGAAGUCGCAAUUAUGUCCGAGGGCGGCAAGCCUGUUCCACGUUGUGAAAUGCUAGGCCACAUCUGCAUUCGCGGAUCACCCGCUUUUGAGGGAUACCUGACUGCCGAUGGUAAGAUCGAUACCAGUACUUUCGACGAGUCUGGUUGGUUCGACACCGGUGACCUUGGAUACCUUGAUGCCGACAACUAUCUUUACAUUACUGGCCGCAGCAAGGAGGUCAUCAACCGCGGUGGUGAAAUUAUCUCUCCCGUGGAAGUUGAAGAUGCCGUUUUGACCACGGCCAAACACCCUGGCUCGCCAUUAUACGGUCGCGUGACUGAGACUUUGGCUUUCUCUGUCCCCGAUGAGGUGCUGCAGGAGGUUGUCGGUGUGGUCAUCGUCACGGCCCCCGGUAGCGCCCGGCCCGAUCUCCGACAACUGCAAGAAGCUUUGCAGCCAAUUCUCCACCAGCCUAAGUGGCCUGCUUUGGUUGUGUACAUGGACCGUGUGCCAAAGUCCAACAACAAGAUCCAGCGAAUCAAACUAGCCCAGCGUUUGUCCUUGGAGCCUCUUACUCCGACGACUCCACUGGCAAACCGCCACUUUGAGGCGGUAUGCCCGCCCAAUGGCACUCCUCUUAGUGAGCCAAUUGCUAAGAAGGCCUGUGCAAUCAACGACCACGUCAUCCGCUCUGCGCUUACAGAGAAGGCAAAGACAUCUGAUGUACAUAUCCAAAUCAACCCUCGUGAUGGAUUUGCACAGGCUGUUCUGUUUGGUCAAAAUCCUGAGAUUGACCACGUCAAGCCCAGUGACCUCUUGGAGCAACUCGAUGGAUAUAUGAUUCCCAGUCGAAUCAUUCCUCUCAAGGAUUCCAUGCCACUCGACUUCUACGGAAAUCCCGAUCAGGCCGCCAUCGACGAGGCCAUCCGUGCUCUGCACUCCGAUGGAGAUCUGACUCCCAUUCAGCGCCGUACUCGCGAGAUUUUCGCCGCCGCUUUAUCUUGCGGACCAGAGGAUGUCUCCGGACUUACUGACUUCUUUGCCGCUGGCGGUGAUAGUCUCAGUGCGGGUCGUCUGGUUUCCCAACUUCGUCGAGAAUUCGGAAUUUUCCUUGCCGGUGACAUCUUGUUCCAUCAGCCCACUAUCGGUGAUGUUGAGCGCAAGAUCACUGAAAGUGUCGAAGUCAAGGCCACCAAGGGUGACGGCGAGAAGGUUGAACUGCCUGGCUGCGAGGAAACAUACAGCAGUACAAACCCGAUUGUCAUGUUCUUCCAUCUGUUCCCGGUGAUGUUCUUCGUCCCUAUGAAGCGUGCUUUCGAGUGGCUUAUCUUCGCGUAUGUCGUGGCUGAGUGUUCUACUCUAUGGCCCGUUCGCGAUCACAUUCUUGGCCGUGUUAUCCUGAUUGUGCUGGCUGUGCUGUCCGCCCGCGUUUCUUCAAACAUCUUGUUCCCCCUCCUUGGUAUCUUGUUCAAGUGGCUUGUCAUUGGACGCUUCAAGGAGGGCAUGUACCCAAUGUGGGGCCCAUACCACACUCGCUGGUGGUUGACCCAGAAGGCGUUACAAGUGUGCGGAAGAGGCUUCUUCAAGAAGUGGAACUGGUCGCGGGUGGCUUUCUACCGGCUUCUUGGCGCCAAGAUUGGCAAGAAUGUUACUCUCGUUCCAUCCGCCAAGCUUGGUGAGUAUGACUUGAUCGAGCUUGGUGACAAUGUCGUCUUGGAUACCUGCCAGGUUCGUCCUUUCGCGGUCGAGCGCAACACUUCCAUGCUUCUGAAGAAAAUUCGCAUUGGGAAAGAUUCUUCGGUUGGCACCAAGGCGGUCAUUGCCCCCGGGGCCGAUGUUCCCGAGAACACCUGCAUUGGCCCUAACUCGUCCAGCUGGGAGCUUCAAGACGCUGAUGAGUCUAACCGUGAUCUUCUUUCCAGUCGCAUCCCUCAGCCUCAUUGGAUCUGGACUUUGCUUAUUGUUGAGCCCAUCAAGAUCAUUGUUUGGGUUUUGGCUCGCCUCACGUGGAUGGCUGGUCUCAUCCCUAUGGUUCAAAACUACCCUGCUUUCUCGAACGAUAUGUUCCUGUCUGUUCUGAAGUGGUACACCAGUGGCCAGCGGAUUGGAUUCCAUAUCACUGCGAGACUCUGCCGCUCUGUCGGAGGGCCUAUUGUGCUCUUCCUCUCGCUUUUGAUUGUCAAGAAAAUUCUCGAUCUCGUCUGCGGUAAGCCCAAGCCUGGUCCUGCCUCCAAGCAAAGUGAGCGUCAGAAGAUUCGCGCUGCGGUCCUUGCACAGAUACUUCCCGCCGGUGAUAUCCACGACCUCACUCGUCUCGUCGGUCGCCACUACGAGCUGGUUUCCAUGGCUAUCCGUGCACUUGGCGGAAAGGUUGGCAAACGCGUCUACUGGCCCAGUGUUGGUCCCGCUCUUCCCGACUUUGAUCUCAUCGAAGUUGGCAACGAUGUUGUUUUCGGAUCUCGCUCAACUCUUGUCACAUCCGACGGCUAUGGUCGUGACCGUGUUGUCAUUGGUGAUGGCACCAUGGUUGGUGAUCGUGUCGUCGCUUUGCCAGGUACUACUAUCGGUCGCGAGGCCAUGAUUGGUUCUGGUGCCUUGCUCCGCCGUAACGGUGAAUACCCAGCCAAUAGUGUCUGGACUGGUAGCAAGGGUGGUGACGCAAUUCAAUUCCCAAGUUCCACGACCAGUUCCAAUGCCCCCACUGUUAUUGGAAGCAGCAGUAACAGUGCCAACGGCAGCAGCAGCGACGACGAGAAGAAGACAAAGUAUACCGUCGAUGAGAAGCACUCGGUUUCAGUUGGCAAGUCCAAGGCGGUUGGCGAGAGCAACGAGAAGGAUACGAUCAAGCCAUUCGGUCGCGCCUUCUAUGACCAUAACGCCAAUUACUAUGUUCUUCGUAUUUGGCAAAUUGUGAUCUACUCCGUUCUUUCUGUGGUUGUUGUCACUGUUUACUGGUUGCUGCCUGUUGUUUUCUCUCUGUUUGUCCUGCGUGCCAUCCUCACUCACAGCACCGCAGUCGCGUUGAGUGUCGGCCCAUGGCGCCCAUUUGUUCUUUACGGCCUGCUCGCCUCUAUCUUGUCUGUCAUCAACUGCGUUCAGACUUUCCUUGCUCUCCACAUUGUCAUUGCCAUCAAGUGGGCAGUUAUGGGACGACGCUUGGAAGGCCAGUACCACUGGGACAAGAGCAGCUACAACCAACGCUGGCAAUUCCUUCUCUCCUGUGAGACCCUUAUUAAGGAUUGCUAUGGUGGUGUCGGGCUUCUUCCCAUGAUUACUGGCUCUGCCUACCUUGCCUACUACUACCGCAAGCUCGGCGCAACCAUUGGAAAAGACUGCGCAAUUCACGCCAAUGGUACACCUAAUGUCUUCUUCACUGAGCCUGAUCUCCUCACCCUUGGUGACCGUGUUGCCGUUGACGACGCCAGUCUGGUUUGCCACUUGAACUCCCGCGGUGGCUUCGAGCUGCACACUUUGAACGUUGGAGACCGAAGCAUCCUGCGCGCUGGAUCGCGCUUGAUGUCCGGUGCUUCCAUGGGCAAGGACGCUUGUCUUCUUGAGCACACACUUGUUCUUUCGGGUGACCAUGUUGAAGAUGGAGACACCCUUCAGGGAUGGCCUGCUGAGGGCUUUGAAGGAACAAGGGUUUAA